AUGGCACGUAUUGCUGACAAGAUAAAAACCAUUGAUGGAUCUAAAGAAACUCUGAAACUUGCUAUAAGGAUAAUUGAGCUCUGGUUUGUUGGGACGCUGGGCAGGUCUGAACAAGCUGAGAUGGGUGAUCAAAUCCAUGUGGUCUGUAAGCAAGACCAGUUAAAGGCAUGGAAAAUGGAUUUGAAGGAAGGUUGUACUUAUGUGAUGCACAAUUUUAGAGUCAGCAAGAAUGAUGGACAGUACAGAGUUUGUGAUCAUCCAUAUAAAUUGACAUUUAUUGGAGUUACGGUUGUCAGACAGUGUGAAUUGGAUGGCCUUCCUUUUAAAAAGUAUGGAUUUGUAGAUUUUUCGGAUGUCAUUGCUGGCCAAUAUUACAACAUCAUUGGUGUGGUUGACGAGGUUGUCUUUCGUCAUAUUUCACCCAGAAGUAAGAGAGUUGUUUUUAAGCUUAUGAAUUUGAGUAACCAAUUGUUGUCUUGCACUCUAUGGGACGAUUAUUGUGUCCAAUUUCUGGAAUAUUUGAAUCACCAUGAGAGUGAAGGGCCUAUUAUUGUGUUGUUGACGAAUGCCAGAAUUAAAGAGGGUCAGGGAUCCUAUCCAUGCUCAGUUAGCAAUUCUUUGAAGGCUUCUAAAUUGACUAUUAAUGAGCUAGUGGCACCAAUUGAAGAAUUCAAUCAGAAGUAUUUGCCUCAUGAGUUUGUUUAUGUUACUGUUGGUACAAUCACGAGGAUUGUUAUGGACAAUCGUUCAUGGUGUUAUGCAGCUUGCAUUCAAUAUAGAGUUGAAGUGAUGGUCAAUUAUAAAAAUGAAAGCACAAAAUUUCUCCUGUGGGAUCGUGAAUGCACUGAAUUGAUUGGGCAGUCAGCUAAUGAAGUCAAUACCCUCAAAAUAGAAGAUGGUGAUCUGGAUGUAAAUGCCUCCCCAAAAGCACUUGAUAAACUAUUGGGUCAUUUGCUCGCCUUCAAAGUCAAAAUCUAG